AGAGCUAUUAUGUGCUGAAGAGCUGUUACAAGGCAACUUGACUUCCCCACCUUUUGGUCACACCACCAUGUCUAUCAGUGCGGACCGUGGGGGUGCGGUGAUGGCUUCGGACGGCGGCCCUUUCCGGACCCCAACUCUAGAGGUACACCCGAUAGAGUCAAUAGCGACCGGGUUUCCAAUCAUCGAUGGCGAGGAUCAGGAGGAGACAGAAGAUAGAGACGAGAAGCCGGGAUGCUUGACUCCGUUGUGGAUGCUGGCUAUCUUCUGCGUGAUCAAUCUCAUCAACUACGUCGACCGGGGUGCGAUUGCAAGCAACGGUGUGAACGGACGGCAGGGAAACCACACGUGUCUUCCAGCAGAAGAGUGUUACAGGGGCUAUGGCAUCCAGGGCGACUUCCACCUGUCCAACUUCCAGGACGGGGUCCUUCCCGCUGCCUUCAUGGUCGGCCUCCUCGUUGCGUCGCCCAUCUUUGCUCAGCUUUCUAAGACGUACAACCAAUUUCACUUGAUCGGUUGGGGCCUAACGGUGUGGACGAUAGCGGUGGGGGCAUGCGGGUUUACGGUCGGGUUUUGGUCGCUGACCUUUUGCCGGAUGUUCGUUGGGGUUGGGGAGGCGUCGUUCGUCAGCCUUGCAGCGCCGUUCAUCGACGACAACGCCCCCGCCGCACAGAAGUCCAGCUGGCUGGCGUGCUUCUACUCGUGCAUUCCCGUCGGCGUGGCCCUUGGCUACGUGUUUGGCCAGGAGAUCGGCGCCCACUUCUCGUGGCGGGCCGCUUUUUGGCUCGAGGCGCUGCUCAUGCUGCCCUUCUGCGUCUUUGCCUUUACCGCCCAGGCGCCGGCGUUGCGAGGUUUUCAUGCGCCUGGGAAACGAAAACCGGUCAGGAGCGAAGGCUCCACGGAGCGACCGGAGGAGAGCCGUUCGAAGUGGCGGGCACACGCGGGGGUGGUUUGGGAGGAUACGAAGGAGUUGGUGGCGAAUCCUGUUUACCGAGCGAACAUUAUGGGUUACAUUGCCAACUGCGCAGUGGUUGGGUGCCUCGCGUUUUGGGCGCCCAAGGCAGGAGCUCAGGCGUUCAAUAUGGAAAACGCGGAUCUCGUUUUCGGGGGGGUGACAGUAGCGACUGGCCUCCUUGGGACGUUCGUGGGGGGGCUUGCGCUCGAUUUCGUCGGCUCAACGAUGACAAACGCAUUUCUGCUCAACGCCUCCUCGACGGCGCUCGCUGCGGUGUUCCUCAUCGGCUCGUUUUGGACCGGGACCGUCCAGCGCUUCGUGCCCAUGCUGGCGGUGGGGGAGUUCUUCCUGUUCAUCAUGCAGGGCCCCGUGAAUGCCAUCACGCUGUGGUCCGUUCCCCCAACCCAACGCCCGUUUGCGUGCGCCAUGGGCACUGUGGCCAUCCAUCUUUUUGGAGACGUCCCGUCGCCCCCCCUGCUUGGCCGGCUGCAGGAUUGGCUGCACGAUUGGCGGCUGAGCGUGACGAUACUCAACACGUUGCUGCUGGCGGGCGCCGCCUUCUGGGUGCACGGCUCAUAUGUAGCACGAACGGCAAAAGAUUACCGGGCGACAUACUCGAGAGACAGUUCUGCAUUGCUCCUCGACGACGAGCGUGAUGUUCUAGAAGAUCAAGUACAAGGAGUGACGUAGGUUGCUUCACCGUUGAAUCUUUGGGUUGAUAAACAAGUGUUCCGGAUCUUGGAAGCAUCUGCUGCUAGAGGAAGGAGCUUGAGAAGACUUGUAUAUUAGCCCAAUUUUCAUAUUGCAUGUCUUGGAAUUCGGAUAGUAGCCAGGCAGUAGCCGAGGGUCAUUUCUUUGCCAAAUGAAAACUGCUUUUAGUGCUGGGCAUACACCUGCAUCAAAUGACAUUGAUUG